UGAUAAAACCUCUUUGCACAUUAAUCUCCUGCGUGUGUCCUUGGCUUGAGCCCUGUACCUUAACUCUUGGAUACGAAGAAGUCUUUGCCAGAAUCAUAUUUAUUGCCUUACUAAUGUUCCAGAGGCUGAAUAAUAUGUUUGUGGGAGAAAUCAAUAAUUUCCCCAGCCAAGAGCCAGAGUUCAGCGAGAAAGAAGAGGAGGAAUGGAUUCUGGUGGACUUCAUAGAUACCUGCACCAACUUCUCGACAGUUGUUGAAGAAGAAGAAGAAGAAGAAAGUGACAUCCCGGACGCAUCCUCUAUUGACCAUUCUCCUGUCUUCUCUUGUCUGCCUACUUCGUUGGAGAGUUUGUCUGAUGCCAGUGAGUCGUGUUUUAUCCAGUUUGACUCGUGUCCUAUGGAAGAGAGCUGGUUUAUCACACCACCUCCGUGUUUCACUGCUGGUGGCUUGACUGCUAUUAAAGUGGAAACCAGCCCAAUGGAGAACCUUCUGAUUGAACAUCCCAGCAUGUCUGUAUAUGCAGUCCAUAAUACCCUCCACAGCCUUAACAAGGCUAGUUGUGGUGAUGAGGAGGAAGAGGAGGAAGAAGAAGAGGAACCUCAUGAUGCAAGCAGUCCUAGGACGGAAGCCCCAAAUGAAUUGGGCCAACACAUUCGUUGCUACAUUGCAGCAUUUCCUACCCACUCAAGCUUUCUGGAACAGGCCAAGAGCUUUCGCUCUUCCCAGUGGAUAAAAGAGCACAGUGAACGGCAAUAUCUGAACAGAAACUGCCUCCGUCGCCAAAAUCUAACCAGGGAUUGCUACUCUCGGCAAAUCAAGAACAAUGGAUUGUUUGUUCACCAGCCUUGCCAGCGCCAGUAUAAUUACUGAGGGUUUUGGGAGUGGGGUUCCCCCCCACUCUCCAAAAACAAUAUCGGUUAAACGUAGCUCUAUUGUUAUUUGUAGGUAAUGAAGGCAAGAUCAAUUUUAGGCUGAUCAUCAGUUUUUUUCUAUACAAACACUAAGUGUUACACUAGGUUGUAACCCACGUUGAUGUAAUGGCGUAUCACAGAAUGCCUUUGAAAUAUUUUAAUCGUGGCUCGGAAACAUAUCAGUUCAAUAGCCUUUGUGUGACUGGGGUUGUUUUUUCGUGCGUGACUUUUUAAGAAAU